CGCGACCAUUUAGCGCGACAACCUUCCAGCGCAGCGCGUCCGGCCCUGACUAUCCCACUCGGCCGCUCGGACGGUUCCCUUCAACGCGAGGGCAAUAGAAACACCAAGAUGGAGCCCAACGGAACUAGCAAAGUCGGGCGGAACCUCGAUAUUCUAGCUGCGCAGCCAAAUACCCGCUUCACGUCACCGCUCGUUAUUAACAGCCCGGCCCGGCGAAGAAGCCUGUUCUCGCGACCAAAAUCCAAAGAGGACGCUGCUCGCCCGACCAGCUCAGGCUCGGUUUCUGACGCCAACGCUGCGUCCCCGAACAACACGAAAAUCCCGCGCCCCGCCCAGCAGCGACCGAUCACGCUUUCAGAUGCCUACCGAAUGGCCGAGGAAGAGGAGGCCGCUCAAGGAUCACCCAGCCCAGCACCACGGCUGUGGCGAUCUCGGCGCGAAUCUACCGGCAAGAAACUUACGAAGCCGAGAACUCCCAACAAGCUGGGCAUGCCUUCACGCGGAGGGUCGAAUGCGAAGCCUCCAGGAACCAUUCUUGACGGUGGUUACAGCGAGCGCCCCAGUUCAUCACAACAAAGCGACCUUUCGGACAGCACCUUUGACGAAAAGCUGCGCCAGUAUGCCCAAAAUCAGACUAGUCCGGAGGGACCUAGCCGUCGAAGCAGCGGUUUGUUUUCUGGAUCCAGGCUCGGGACUAAGAUUGUCGAGACUGGAAGGGAAUUACUAGUCCGCAAAUCCAGUCGGAGUAGCAUGGAUGGUUUCUCCUCGCCGCGGGCUACCAAGGCGACGACAAAUAGUCCAUCGCUCCUACGACGGCUAUCUGGGAUCAGACGGGAGCCGAACGACACUUAUUCGGCUCCCGAACCGGCCGAUUGGGUCCACCUCGCCGAACAUCCUGACGACGAGCCUCUGCAACCAAGCACGACCCCCCCGGGGAGACCUUCUAUCGCCCCUCCGGACUCGCAUACUCCCAACAGAAGCUUUGCUUGGCAGGCCGACGCCGAUUUCACAGCCGGUGAUUUACAAGUGUCCAACAGCCCACCCGUGGCGAUUAAGCGCAGUAACACCAAAAUUGAUGAAAUACGCGCCCUGGAAGCUAAGCUCAACGGACCCUUCCCUGGAGAUUCCGACCAACAACCAGAAAGUGCCCUAGCUGGGGACGUACGCGGCCCCGAAACUCGGACCGUUCCGAACUUACCCAACGAACAUCGCGCGCCAGAUCAGGAUGUCGGUGGCACAGGAGAAGAAGAAGCGGAGCUCGAGAUUGAGGAUAGAGUACCGCGUCACCGGUCUGUUAGCCGAGCGAGCAUGAGAUUGGACGAGCUUAGAUCGCGUGAGAUUGAGAGCCUAUCUAGGAGGGCGCUCGCCACGGCUAGGCUCGAUGAGUUUCGUGAGAGAAACAUUGCGACAUCACGUUCACCGUCCCCAGACAUCGCACGGAAGUCCAGCAGAGAACCGAUACGAGCCUUCUCUCCGCUGCGAGAUAGAUUGCGGAGACAAGAGAAUGAACCACCGGCUGCUACAGCAGAAGCUGAAAAGGAUCGAACUGACCAGAGCAGCCUCGGCCCGGCUCCUCCCCCGCCCCACCAUCUCCCGAUCACGCAAGCCAGUACUGAGAGUAAGGAGGCGGACGAAGGCCAGGAGUCCCUACACAGCGGCGUACAGCCGAAAAACGAGCCGAGCGGUGUCACAGACCGGUUGGUAACCGCCGGCGGCAGCAACCCAGCGUCGGAAACGCACGUGGUUGCAAAAGACCAACCCGCCGCACCUCGCGGCCAGGGGUUGCUAGCAGAACGUAUGAGACGGAGAAGGUCUAUUGGCGGCGCUAAGAGCGAUGCCAGGCCAACUGUUGGGUUCACGGGCCUCUCAAACAAUUCAUCGGCUGAGUCAAGGGGGGCCAAGCGGACAAGCUUUGUUCACUCGGAUUCUGACCCCACAGAGCGUAUUGAGGGGGAAAUGAAGCUUUUCGCAGCCCAGGAGAACCAGUCAGAAAAGGGCUCUUUGCGAGCCCCGUCCCCGGAGGCUGAGGAGGAGGUACCCGAUGAGACGCCGAAACCCAUCAAGGUCGACCCUCUCACGCAGCCCACUCCCAGGGUGGUGGGAGCGUUUGUCGAUACGCCAGCAACGAUUAAGGUGGAAAAGUCCGAGAUCCCUGCCAUGGCCCCUGUUGCUGAGAAUGAGGAGAUCGAAUCACAAGAGGACGGCCUAAGAUGUCCGACUAACGGCAGUAGCGGUGCCGAGAGCAGCGAGGACCCCGGGCCCUCCUUUACGCAAGGCGGCAGAGGCAAUAUUGCGGCGCGCCAACAAAAGCGUGCGCAGUCAUCAAAAGGAGACAGAGCGUCCGGGCGAUCAUCCUCAGUCUCUUCGCGACGCCGUACUAGGUCAUUAUCCCGGAGCCGCAUGCCGCUGGCAAACUCGGCGAAGCCGCCCACCGUCAGAGACGAUCUAUUGGAAAUCCAGCGAGCCAACCAGAUGGACGAUUCGACCCUUGACGAUCUUGCCGAUUUGCUCAACCAGCAGGACUACGCCGACCCUGUCCUCCCAGAUGCUCGCUGGAUCAAUACAGAGGCUAGCAACAGCAACAAGCUUGGCGGGCGGAAGGAACUUGAAGCGUACGACCGAAUGAGCCGCUCACUCGAGACCGGGCUCCUCGGCAUUCAAAUCGCAAAGCAGGGAAUCGAGCGUCUCGAGGACAAAGUCGCCCAGGCAGAUCUCAAUAACCAUUUGCAACACACAUCUCACGGCCAACAUGCUAAAGGGAAAUCGCCGACGGAUACAACGGCGACGUACGUCGCUCUUCCGCUGCCUCGUCUCUGGCACCGGCGCCCCAAAUUCCGGUUCACACUCCUCGGUCUCAGUCUGUUCUUGCUUUCUCUUUGGUACAUCGCGGAAUCAUGGAUGUGCUUCCGGUACUGCAAGCCGGAGUACUGCUAUCCUGGCGCGCCGUGCGACUGGUCCUCGGACGACCCGGUCUGGGGCUACGCAAUUCCGGUGAAGCUGGAUCAGUGGAUGGCUGGUGGACAGGGCAGACUUCUCACGCGCCAUCUCGGACUCGAGGCGGCUGACUGGUUGGCCGACCUACGGGACGCCGCUACCGGGGCAGACAUCGCCGCAGUCGAUACAUCUCGCUAUAACUGGGAACAGAAGCGACGACAUAGGAGGCGGUUGGCUAGAAAGGGGCUCGGCAAGCCCUUUGUUGAACAUCCCGAAGAUAAGGUUGUCUUCAGCGGAUGGAAAUCUGUCAGGGAGGCCAAUGCUAGGGUUCAGUCGGCACACGAAAUGGGAUAUGUGGUGGGUGAAGACGAGAGCAUCAACGGUGAUCAAAGGACUUAGCGCUGCAAGCGGUCAUGUCAGUGCUGACGUACAUGCUACUCCGAUCAGGACUUC